UCAAAUGUAUAGACGCAGAACUUUUUCUGCCUCAAUCAGUGAAUACAUGUGAGUGAUUUGUGAGUUAAUAACAAAUGUGUUGAACACGUGAAAGGAACUUAAAAAAAACUUGAAUUCUGGUCAGUUCUCUCCCGGAUUUUAAGUGAUUCCGACAUUACGAUACCAUUGAACAUAUUUCUAGGGAUUCUUUAUACUGACAGCAGAAGAACACUUUUAUGCACACACGGAAUUUGAAUUCUCAGGGUAAAGGACAGGCAACUGAAAAAGACUGAGACAGAGCGAACAGAUGAUCGGGUUCCGCAGAAAGACUUUACUGGAAUCGGGCAGGAUGUUCUGAGACGACACACAGUUAAGAUGGAUUGACAUUUGAAUAGAAAAAAAAAAUGACAGCAAGUCCUUGGAUUGUAAAUUCAUCUACGUCUUUGUUUGACCAACUUCUCUACAACAAGACAGGACCCCGACCCAACGAUGCGCUUCCGGUUAGCCAUUCAUUUUCAUUGGACAAUAUUCAAAACAACGUUUCUAACGUGACUUCAGGACCGGAAGUUGAUAACAGCGCUCACACAAGCUGGAGUCUCCUAGAAACGGUGGUGUUCGGAACAUGGUUGUCAAUAUCUAUGGUUUUUGCUAUCGUGGGAAAUUUCAUGGUGAUUGCAGUUGUAUGGAGACAUAGAGGAAUGCGGACGAGAACAAAUAUGUUUAUAGUGAACUUGGCGAUAGCAGAUUUUUUGAUUGGAAUACUUUUGGCGCCAUUUUCACUAACAACAUUAAUAGCACAUGACUGGAUUCUAGGAGAUGCACUAUGUUUCUUGAAUAGUUUUUUAAAUGCCGUCUGUUUUUUGACAUCUUUACAAACGUUGAUGUACAUCAGUAUACACAAGUAUUUAUCUAUCACCCGUCCAUUAAUUCGUAUAACUAAGUGUAAGAUAUUAAUUAUGAUUAUGGCAGCAUGGCUAUGGGGAAUCAUCUGUGCUGCCUUGACUACAUUCAUUCUAAGUCAUUAUGAAUAUAAGGAGAAAACCAUGCAGUGCGGACCGGCGUAUCCCGGGAAUACGGUUCGGUCCAUAAUAUUUCAUUUUAUUAUCCAGACAUCGAACCUCUAUCUUCCUUUAGGAAUUAUGUUGUUUUGUUAUAUCAGGAUAUUUCAAGAGAUUAAGGAGCACAUGCAGAGGAUGGAUGAAAAUUCAGCCAUGGACCGGAAACAGAUUUUCUCACAACAGCGGAGAGUGACCAUUACAUUGUUUAUCGUUUUGGCAUGUUUUGUCGUUUGUUGGUUUCCAUACUGUGUAUAUGCCAAUUAUGUCACAUUUGUGGAGGAUAAAAAGACGAUUCCAGCAUGGGCUAAUGCUGUAGCUUACUGCGCUGGUUACAUGAAUAGUGCUUGUAAUCCGAUCAUCUACGCCUGGCGAAGUCCCUCCUUUAGGGAGGGAUACAAGGAAAUCCUCUGUCAGGAGCCAUCUUACGUCGUCAGUGACGACAGGAUUGAAGUAUUAUACAAUCAGGAACAUAGCCAACCAUUUAAACGACUAACAGAUACAAUCCAUGAUAGUUCUCCAGGCCCUCGUAGGCGGAUCUCACUUUUUAUCAACUCAAUGAGGGGAUCACAUCGCGGAUCAAGGAUGGGAUCCGAUGACUCAUUAUCUCACCAUUCUCUUCAUAGUCUAAAUAAAGUCCACAAAACUCACGACUCUUCUACGCACAAACUGCUUCGCAAAUUAACAGGCAAAACAGCAAAAGGGAGUUCUAUCAUCAAAAGAGAUGGAUCUGUUAUUUUAGUUAAAAAUGGCAAAAUAAUUUCAAUGCGCGAGGAUGUGCGCAGAAGAAACACAUCCGGGGAUUUUGAUGACGUCUUUCUCCCAAGUACAUCUCCUUCGGCGGAAAAGUAUAAAAAUGGAACACGUCCGCCACUAACAAGACAACCCAAUCUAAAUAUACUUUAUGAAAGUAACUCUGAAAGGGUAGACAUACGUCAAGCAAAGCAGAAUGGGUCUGCUGCUAUGUGUCGUUCUAUUUCAGACGAGGAUUUGAAAUCCAAUAUGAACUCUCUUGAGAAAUCUAAUGCUAGCGCACCAAAUAUCGAGAUACUUGUCUCGGAAGCUCCUGAUGCUGAAAAAAAUCAUACACAGGAGGGCGAGUGUACACAGUGUCAGAGACUUUCCACUUUUAAACCUUUAGAAAAUCAUUGUCCACAUGGUCUGUUUUUACCAAGUCCACAGACCAUGAGACGGUCGCGCAGUGACACAAUACACCAGACUGAUCAACAGGAAGAUACAGCUCGUCUCUUGUCAAAAAGUGACCAUGAUGUGUACAAGUUACCAACCCUGACAUCCCCGUCCUUUGAACGCUUGAGGACGCAUGCGCGAACAAACGAAAACGCAAGUGACAGUGAGAUAAAUGUGAACAUCCCUCUUUAUACAAGACGAUGGUUAAAACAUAAUAAUAGAAAAGAUCCAACGUGAUGAAUUUUAUCAUUCUUGGAAAAUAUUAGUCGGGUUUUACUUAAACGGUCAGCUGUUUUACGUCGAAAUGGUUACAAAAGGGCUAUACAUAACUUGUGCACCUCAUGCAGCGCGUUGUUGUUUAGACUAAACAAACUGUAUUAAUUAAAUUUAGAACUUUCUCCCAAAUGAAGCACUCCAUUUGGUUUUAAUUUGAGAUGAAGUAUUAUUUAACUGUAAAUGUAGAAUGAAUUUUGCAAAACUUAUCAGGCAAAUUAUUUUUUAAUUUUUUUUUAAUAAACGAUUUCUUUUAAACAUAUACUUCUAAGCUUUACUAUAUAAAGCAUGCAUAUUUUAAACGUUUAUAAAGGCUUUAUUGUUAAAUAUACAAUUCAAGAUUUUAAAAAUGCUCUUUAUUUUAGAUGAACUUUACGCUUUUGGCAAUCUGAGGUCGAAAAAGUGCAAAAAGCAGGAUUCAAAUUUUAACUGACCCAAACUUUAAAAAUGAACAGUUUGUGUUUUAAAAGAAAUACGAUGAUAUUUGAUACAUUUAUCUUUUAUUUCUUACAAAGUUUUAAAUAUUAGAAUCAUGAGAUAAGUCCUUUAAUCUUUGGAUUACGUGGUUUAUUUUUCGACUUUGUGUAAUAGCUCUAACAGAUUUUGCCAGUUUUAUUAUACGUAAUGUAUAACACUAAAACACAUACGUCAGCUGUUGUCUGUACCUAUUGUUUUGUUUGAGUAAAUGAAAAUAUAUGUACAAUAGACAGAAAAUAAAUAUUUUUAUUGAAAAA